AUGUCGAAUACAAAUAUAUCAUCAUCAUUUAUAGUAACAAUUCAUAGUAUUACAAUUCAAAUGACAUAUUAUGGACCAAUUAUUCUUUUAAUUAUUGGUAUUGUUGGUUGUUUAUGUAAUUUUCUAACAUUUACAUCACGACAAUUGCGUAAAAAUUCUUGUGCUUUUUAUUUUCUUUGUUCAUCUCUAUUUGAAUUUUUAUCAAUUACAUUUGGACUUACUUCACGUUUAGCUGCUGAUCAUUUUGGUUGUAAUCUACAACAUACAAAUCGAUUUUUUUGUAAAUUUCGUGCAUAUUAUGUUUCGUGUAUACCAUUAAUUGCUACUUAUUUAAUAUUAUUAUCAGCUAUUGAUCGAUGUAUGUCAUCAUCGGCUCAUGUUUAUUUACGUUCAUUUAGUCAAAUGAAAAUAGCUUAUCGUAAUGUUGUAAUUGUUAUUUUAAUUGGUUUAAUAUCGUGUUCACAUAUUCUUAUUUCUUAUGAUAUUCGACGAAAAUGUGGUACGUUACCUGGUAUUUAUGCUGCAUUUGAUGGUAUGUUUGUUGUAUUUUGGCUUGGAUUUAUUCCUCAUGCAUUAAUGUUAAUAUUUGGUUUUAUGACUGUAAUGAAUAUAAAACGAGCAAGACAACGAAAAAGAAUUAAAUUACGAAUUGAAAACAUUUAUAUUAAUCAAAAACCAUAUCGCAAUUAUCAUAAAACAGAUAGACAAUUAGUUUUAGUAAGUAUAAUUAAAAAAGACACAUCGACAAAGCAUUGUAUUUAA